CAUUGUUCGGCGGUGGUCGUUUCGGAUUUUGGCGGCGGAGCGCUUCUGACGACAUGAGGAACGUACAUGUUGGAAGCAGUGGACACGGCGUGACAUUAUCGCGUUCGUCCUCCCGCUUUCACGAACGUGGAUUUCCAUUGCCAGUUGCGCUGAGCACUGUCGUCUUCACUGCUGGCAGCGCUGUUGUGCGGCCCGCGUCGCGCUCUGCCGUCUUCUGCACUCCACGACGGGCGACAGAGGGGUCGUUAUCGAAGGUGAAGAGGACUGCGGUGGCAGCGGCCUUGAGCGCCGUCCUCUUCCGGUGCCAGUUGGAGAGGGGCGAGGGGAGGAUGAGAGCGACCAUUCGCGCGCGGCGGAAACGGACGCUGCAUUCGCCGUCUGUGGGGGGCGACGACAGCGCUGCCAUUUGCGACGCCGUGCUGCGGGUGUGCUACACCAUGGGGUGUGGAGCGUUCCCCAGAGCGACAACCAGAUGGUGGAUGAAGCGACGUACAGGCGGCACGUGGGAGGAUCUCCGGUUAUGCGACGACACGACGACGGACUACUUUAGGGAGAAGCUACGAAUUUCGCCACGUGUAUUCCGAGAGAUAACGGAAGCUCUGUCUCCCUUCCUUGAGCGACGUAAGGCGGUCGUCUUGCGCGCUUUCACUGACAAGGGUUUCCCCAACUGCGAUGGGUGCAUCGACUGCACCCACAUCUCCAUCGACAAGCCUGCGAAUUGUCCCGGGGAGGACUACUACGAUAGGAAACGACAUUUCUCCGUGCAGGCACAGGUCGUCGUGGAUUUGAACUUGUGCAUGUUGGAUGUGUUCGUCGGUUACCCGGGAAGUUGCCACGACGUCAGGAUCGUCCAUGUGUCCAGUUUAUGGGCACGCGCGGAGGCGGGAGAGCUUUUCACCGGGCCACCUGUCAUGCUGCCUUUCGGUGUGUGGACGAACGGAUAUCUGUUGGGGGACAACGGGUACCCGCCCUCCGAAUGGGUUGUCGUCCCUUACGGCGGUGUAUCCCAAGACCCUGUAGAGAUGCGCUUCAAUAACAAGCAGAAGACGGCGAGGGGCGCAGUGGAGAGGGCUUUCGAGAGACUGAAGGGGAUGUGGAGGUUGUUCCUUCGAUCCCACAAGACGAACAUGGAGACGUUGCCGCAGCAGUUCGUGGCCGUCAACAUGUUCCACGACAUACUCAUCGACGCGAGCAUCCCGUUCGACGACAAUCUGUUGUGGGAGGUCGGGCCGGACGAUGUUCGUCGCAGGGUGGAUCUUGGGAUGGAUCGUCCCUUGAGGCAGAUGUGCAUGGAUUCGUCCACAGGGGAUGCCCUCAUUCUACGUGACACACUGGCUGAGCGAAUGGCGGCACAGUGAAGACAGCGAGGCGAGCGGAGCGAUUGGCCUUGAUGA